AAAUUUAAAAAGCUAUCAAAUUUUUCUCCAAGAAAACGAAUCAUAGCGGCUGGAAAAAGGUUCCAACCCAAAUUUCAUUAAAAUAUAUGGAAAAUUGAUGAAAUACAGCUUGAAUGGAGUUAUCCAUAGACAGGCAUUAGAUAGAUAGACAGACAAUGAUUGUCAGAAAGAAGAGAGGGAAGAGAAAGGAGUAGGGUGGUGGUGACCGCAGCUUUGUGUGUAAAUUUUUGUGGGUGUUUGCCUAUCGUAAAUUGCUAUACCUUUACCAAUUAAGUAAUCAGUAUACCCACGACCAAAAAAAAAAUCUACCGUACUUAAGACUUGAACCCUAAAAUGUUGUCUUGAUAAAUCCGGUGCAUACAUAUUCAGUACAUAUUCAGCUACUCAGGUAAUUACACGUUUAAGGCGAUUCGGAAAAUACUUCUGUAUAAUAGAAAGGAGAUCUAUUUUAAACCUCUCUGGGUGUUACAUACGUAUUCGAGACCCUAAUUUACACUCUCCGUCGAGACUUUUAGAUUAGUGGACUGUUUUAUAAUUCGUUUAAAUCGUUAUAUUAAUAUAUAGCUUUCUCAAAGUAACGAAAUGUUUGAACAAAUGAUAAAUUUAUAUGUCUAUUUUCGGAAAUGUUAUCUAUUCAGUGUUUGAUAAUUUUGAUAUGAAGAAUUACUAGAAUCUAUAACGUUCAAUAAAAUAACAGAGAUAAUGAAAAUUGGUAACAAAGAAAGACAGCUUGCAAAGAAUUGUAAACACCCGUUCACCACUCACGAUAGGUAGCUUAUUAAUUGUAUAGCCGUAUUGAUAUGUUUUUAAGAAUGAUGACCUAAUGAUAAAAGCCGAAAAAGCUUUGGGUUUUGCUUUCAGGCUUGUCCCGGCCUUUUAUUGGGUUCUAACGACCGUACGCUCAUUAAAUUUGUUUUUAAACUCGAUUCAUUGAAACCAAACUUCAACUUUUCGUUUAGGAUAGGGAGAAUUCUAAGGCUCUCUAUAGCAGAGCAACAAAGAAAAAAAAAUGUAAUGGACGUAUCGAUUGACAAAACUGCUUAAAUGACUUUUAUGUGCCUUUUGCGAUUAUGCCGUUGAUACAAAAGGUAUGAAAAAAUUGGUUCACUAUUACGCUCUGUUGGAUUAAGCGCAACUAGUCGCGACGGUUGCUACUUACAAGAAAGUUUAGCAUUAGAGAAAGUUUGUGUUGCGCAAUUAAUUCAUUAGCAUUUAAAAUUAAGAAACGGCUGUAUAUACGUAAAUAAAUUAAAUAUAUAAAAUUUUACUUAAUACCGAGGACAUUUAAAUGACUAACAUUCGUCCCGUAAGCAAUUCGCUAGCUAAGAAGGCGAAGCUAGAACUCGGAGAAGUACCCGAGCGCAUUGAUCAAGAUAUAGCGGUACUAAAAGCUUGGAUUUCUAGUCAACCGCACUUAAAAGCCCGCCUUGACGAUCAAUUGUUAGUGGCUUUUCUUCGGGGUUGUAAAUAUAGUUUACAGAAAAGUAAACAGAAAAUCGAUUAUUUCUAUUCGAUGCGUGGUGCUCUUCCAGAAUUAUAUGAAAAUCGUUUUAUUAACGAGAGAACAUUAACUAUAUUUAGGAAAGGCGGUUUCCUAAGGCUAUUGAAACCUUUAAGCGAAGAUGGCCCUCGUAUACACAUUUCUCGUUACACUGUUUACGAUAUGAAGGAAUUCCCAUUCGCUGAGUUAUUGAAAACUCGGAACAUUUUAAAUGAUAUAGAUUUAAUGGACGAUGAUAAUUCUGUAAUUUCAGGUUGUAUUGAAAUUACUGACAUGCAAGGUUUUGGUGCAAAGCAUCUAUUCUAUUUUGAUCCUUUGCUAGUAAAAAAAAUUGGAAUAUUAACGGAGAAAGCACUGCCUUUAAGGGUGAAAGGUAUACACUUUAUCAAUGUCCCAUCCACUGCAGAGAAAUUUUUCAAUUUAGUUAAAAGUCUUACGCCUGAAAGGCUUAGAGAAAGAUUUUAUGUACAUCCAAAUUAUGAGUCUCUUUAUGAAUACGUACCACAAGAAUGUUUGCCUAAGGAGUAUGGUGGUACCGGUGGAACCAUAGAAAAUAUUAUUGCUUCAUUGGAAGAGCACGUACUACGUUAUAAAGAUUACUUUGAAGACGAGGUGCAAUAUGGAAGUAAUGAGAAACUUCGUCUGGGUGAACCGUUCAAUUCUCAAAGUUUAUUUGGCUUAGAAGGAUCUUUUAGGAAAUUAGAAGUCUUGAUAUAUAAAAUUUUACUUAAUACCGAGAACGUUUCAAUGACUAACAUUCGUCCCGUUAGCACUUCACUAGCUAAGAAGGCGAAGCUAGAACUCGGAGAAGUACCGGAGCGCAUUGAUCAAGAUAUAGCGGUACUAAAAUCUUGGAUUUCUAGUCAACCGCACUUAAAAGCCCGCCUUGACGAUCAAUUGUUAGUGGCUUUUCUUCGGGGUUGUAAAUAUAGUUUACAGAAAAGUAAACAGAAAAUCGAUCAUUUCUAUUCGAUGCGUGGUGCUCUUCCAGAAUUAUAUGAAAAUCGUUUUAUUAACGAGAGAACAUUAACUAUACUUAGGAAAGGCGGUUUCCUAAGGCUAUUGAAACCUUUAAGCGAAGAUGGCCCUCGUAUACACAUUUCUCGUUACACUGUUUACGAUAUGAAGGAAUUCCCUUUCGCUGAGUUAUUGAAAACUCGGAACAUUUUAAAUGAUAUAGAAUUAAUUGACGAUGAUAAUGCUGUAAUUUCGGGUUGUAUUGAAAUUACUGACAUGCAGGGUUUUGGUGCAAGCCAUAUAUUCUAUUGUAAUCCUUUGCUAGCAAGAAAAGUCGCAAUUUUCACGGAGAAAGCACUGCCUUUAAGGGUGAAAGCUGUACAUUUGAUCAAUGUCUCAUCCAUUGCAGCAAAAUUUUUCAGUUUAGCUAAAAGUCUUAUGCCUGAAAAGCUUAGACAAAGAUUUUAUGUACAUCCAAAUUAUGAGUCUCUUUAUGAUUACGUACCACAAGAAUGUUUGCCUAAGGAGUAUGGUGGUACCGGUGGCACCAUAGAAAAUAUUAUUGCUUCAUUGGAAGAGCACGUACUACGUUAUAAAGAUUACUUUGAAAACGAGGUGUAAUAUGGAAGUAAUGAGAAACUUCGUCUGGGUGAACCGUUCAAUUCUCAAAGUUUAUUUGGCUUAG